GGCUAGGGUCUCCUGGCAUUACUUCAGUCGAGGUGCCGGUGUGCAGUCAAGUUUUCCGUAGAAGUCAGCCUUUGACCAACAUCCACCAUGUGUGACGAAGAAGAUAUGUGCGCGCUGGUCGUGGACAACGGCUCCGGCCUGGUCAAGGCUGGCUUCGCCGGUGACGACGCUCCCCGAUCCGUGUUCCCCUCCAUCGUCGGCCGUGCCCGUCACCAGGCCGUCAUGGUCGGUAUGGGUCAGAAGGACGCCUACGUCGGCGAUGAGGCCCAGAGCAAGCGAGGUGUCUUGACUCUCAAGUACCCCAUCGAACACGGUAUCGUGACCAACUGGGAUGACAUGGAGAAGAUCUGGCAUCACACCUUCUACAAUGAACUCCGUAUUGCCCCUGAAGAAUCCCCAGUACUUCUCACUGAAGCUCCCCUCAACCCCAAGGCCAACCGUGAGAAGAUGACUCAGAUUAUGUUCGAGACUUUCACCACACCCGCCAUGUAUGUGUGUAUCCAGGCUGUCCUGUCCCUGUACGCUUCUGGUCGUACUACAGGUCUUGUCUGUGACUCUGGUGAUGGUGUGUCUCACAUGGUCCCUGUAUACGAAGGCUAUUGCCUUCCUCACGCCAUCCUUCGUCUCGACUUGGCCGGUCGUGACUUGACUGCAUACCUGAUGAAGAUCAUGACUGAGCGCGGUUAUUCCUUCACCACUACCGCUGAACGUGAAAUCGUUCGUGACAUCAAGGAGAAGCUUUGCUACAUCGCCCUUGACUUCGAGAGUGAGAUGAAUGUUGCUGCUGCUUCGUCCUCUCUUGAGAAGUCUUAUGAACUCCCUGACGGUCAGGUCAUUACUAUCGGCAACGAACGUUUCCGCUGUCCUGAGUCAAUGUUCCAACCUUCCUUCCUGGGUAUGGAAUCUGCUGGUGUUCAUGAAACCGUCCACAGCUCCAUCAUGAGGUGCGAUAUUGAUCUGAGGAAGGAUCUGUUCGCUAACAUCGUGAUGUCUGGUGGUACCACCAUGUACCCUGGUAUUGCUGAUCGCAUGCAGAAGGAAAUCACGAACUUGGCUCCUUCCACCAUCAAGAUCAAGAUCAUUGCUCCUCCUGAGCGUAAAUACUCCGUGUGGAUCGGCGGUUCCAUCCUGGCCUCCCUGUCCACCUUCCAGCAGAUGUGGAUCACCAAAGACGAGUACGAAGAAUCCGGCCCUGGCAUCGUCCACCGUAAAUGCUUCUAAAUAAUUAUAUUUUCUGAUAAACUUAACCACCAAAAUAAAUGAUAAACUUUUCGAAAUAAAAUAUCUAGAUAAAAAUAUACCGAUUUAAAUUCCCGAAAUGUCCAUGGAUAAAUAACGGUUGAACUAAUAGUAAAACAAACACAUGAAUCGGAGAAAACAAGAUAAGGAAGAAAGGAACAAGAAUGAUACAACAUCUCAUGCACAUCCUACAUCGCACCUACAAAAGAAUUGAAACAUUUACACAUACAUUCACAUUUACUUCUCCAAUAAGCAAUUUACUAAUUAGAUUUACAGUAAAUCAUGAACACAC